CACCCCCCCGGGAGCCCAGCCUGAUGUGCAGGUCCAACAACUACCCCAUCGGUUUCUACUGCAGCUGGCACCUGCCCAGCCCGACCUACAUUCCCGACACCUUCAACAUCACCAUCAUACACGACUCCCAGGAGAUUGCGUGCGAGAAGGACACGGGGCCCAAGAACAGGUGCUACAUCCGCUACCCCCACCUCUUCUCCACCAAGAAGUACAAGGUGACCCUGACCGUCAGCAACGCCCUGGGCAGCAGCUCCACCACCACCUCCUUCGAUGAGUUUGCAAUAG